UUUAUUUUCACUGAGAAGAAGAAACCAACUAACUGUGGAGGUUAAACAGAUAGGGAGAGUUCAUUUUUCUUCUACAGGUCAAGAGGCCAGUUAAUGAUUAGUGCCACCCAAGCGGGUGUUUGGUGUCCAAAACUUUGAGAGGCUGGCUUGUAGGAGUCGGCUUCACCCCAGCUCUGAGAAUUGCAGCUCAGCGAUGCCCCCAGGUCUCAGGAAGAUACAGUUCUGCUCAUGGGGGCUCCUUUUGUGGCUCAGCAUUGGAAGUGCAGGAGAUGCACCUCCUACCCCACAGACAAAGUGCACUAACUUCCAGAACGCUAAUCUUCUCCAAGGCACCAAUCUCAAAGUCCAGUUUCUCCUCUUCACCCCUUUGGCUCCCAGCUGUGGGCAGCUAGUGCAGGAAAGUAGUGACAUCCAAAACUCUGGGUUCAAUGCCACUCUAGGAACCAAACUACUCAUCCAUGGAUUCAGGGCCUUAGGUACAAAGCCUUCCUGGAUUGAUAAAUUCAUUGGCACUCUUCUUCGGGCAGCAAAUGCUAAUGUGAUUGCUGUGGACUGGGUUUAUGGUUCUACAGGUGUCUACUUCUCAGCCGUGGAAAAUGUGGUUAAGCUGGGACUUGAGAUCUCCCGUUUCCUCAGAAAACUUCUGGUGCUGGGUGUGCCGGAGUCUUCAAUCCACAUCAUUGGUGUUAGCCUGGGUGCCCACGUUGGGGGCAUGGUGGGACAUUUCUACAAAGGCCAGUUAGGACGGAUCACAGGCCUGGACCCUGCUGGACCGGAGUACACCAAAGCCAGUCUGGAGGAGCGCCUGGAUCCUGGAGAUGCCCUCUUCGUGGAGGCCAUCCACACGGACGCUGACAAUUUGGGUAUCCGGAUUCCUGUUGGACACGUGGACUACUUUGUCAAUGGAGGCCAAGACCAACCCGGCUGUCCCACCUUCAUUCAUGCAGGCUACAGUUACCUGAUCUGUGAUCACAUGAGGGCUGUGCACCUCUACAUCAGUGCCCUGGAGAAUUCCUGUCCACUCGUGGCCUUUCCCUGUGUCAACUACAAGGCCUUUCUUGCUGGACAAUGUCUGGAUUGUUUUAACCCUUUUCUGCUUUCCUGUCCAAGAAUUGGGCUGAUGGAACAAAGUGGUGUCAAGAUAGAGCCGCUUCCUAAGGAAGUGAAAGUCUUCCUCCUGACCACUGCCCGGGCUCCAUACUGUGUGCAUCACAGCCUCGUGGAGUUUUACUUGCAGGAGCCAAGAAACAAGGACACCCUCAUCUCCGUCACCUUCCUUAGCAGCAAUGUUACUUCUUUGGUCAAGAUCACCAUACCUAGACAGGAACUCCAGGGGAAAGGAGUCAUAGCUCACACCAACCCUCAGUGCCAGAUAAACCAAGUGAAACUCAAGUUUCACUCUUCCCACCGAGUUUGGAGAAAAGACCGGACCACCAUUGUUGGGAAGUUCUGCACUGCUCCUUUGCCAGUCAAUGACAAGAUUGGAGAAAACAAUGGAUGCUGAAUUCUCUGUACUAAAAUAGCAAUUGAAAAGAAGUUCUUGGAACAAGAGAGGGGAUGGAGAGCAGGGAGGAAGAUGGAAGACCCCUUACCAUUGCCUCCUCUGGAUAUCUGGAAGGUUUUGGGGAUCAGAGAGAUCUUUUGGGGAUAGAAGUGGAUCUUCUUUGCAUCAGUGUUUCCCCAACUUUGUUGUAAGUUACCUCACAUCAGCCAUAGUCCAGCAAGAAACAGAUGAUGUGCUCAAAAUGGGUAAUUUGUGGAGAAUUUAAUAAAAAGACUAUUGACAGAGGUGUUAGUAGGAAGUGGGAAGACCAAAAGGGAUAGUGCGGUUCUCCGGGGCCAGGGACCGUGGCAACCGCUACUGCGCUCGGUCUGAAGAGGCAAGAGCACCAGAACCCCGAGACUGAGAGGGGCUGCCAGACCUUCAGACAAAGGACACGGUCACCGGGCAGCAAUCCUGCAGGGAGGAGGCCAGGGAAAUGGAUUCUGUGACCUCGCUCUUCUCUCUGCCCUCAUCUCCUGCUCGUGCUCCCCACUGAAUGACUCCAACCAGAAACCAGAAGGCGAGAGGCAUGCUGAUGUGAGCCAGGGCGUAUAGCAGGACAGGGAAGGGUGGAGAGGGGCUGGGGUGGGGCUGAGGAACAGAGAUCUGGCAUACCCCUUCCCCGCUCUCUCCGCAGCCAGGUGCUUCCUGGAUUCUUCCAGACUUAAUCGUUUUCUUUAACCCUUUAAAGCAUCAUUUUAAUCAUUUUUAAGUGUACAGUUCAGUAGUCUUAAGUACAUCCAUCCUGUUGUACAACCAUUAACCACUUUGCAUCUCCAGACCUUCUUCAUCUUCCCUAACUGAAACUCUUUCCCCAUUGAACAGUUGUUCAUUGCCUCGCCCCGCUGCCCCAGGUAAUCACUAUUCUGCUUUCCGUCUCUAUGAUUUCUACCCUUCUAGAAUACCUCAUACAAUCAUACAGUAUUUGCCCUUUUGUAUCUGGCUUAUUUCACUUCGCAUAAUGUUUUCAAGGUUCGCCCAUGUUAUAGCAUGUGUCAGAAUUUCCUUUCCUUUUCAAGGGUGAAUAAUAUUCCAUUGUAUGUAUAUUCCACAUUUUGGUUAUUGAUUCAUCCAUCCGUGGACACUUGGAUUACUCCAGCUUUUGGCCAUUGUGAAUAAUGCUGCUGUGAACAUAGGCGUGCAAAUAUCUGUU